AUGACGUCGUCAAAUUCCUACGACCUCAUAGUCAUCGGUGGAGGGUCUUCAGGCGUCGUGUCGGCGAGAUUCUAUCUCGAUGUGCAUCCCGAGGCUAAGGUCGCCAUACUCGAAAGGGACCAUUCCGUCGGAGGAGUAUGGAGCUCAGAACGAGUAUAUCCAGGCUUCAAAUCACAGCAGAGCGCCCGGAUGGGCGGAUUUUCAGACAUGCUGUUCAGCCCUCGUCCGGACCAAAUUGACGAUUGGGAGUUCUAUAAAGCCGAAGCGAUGGCGACCUACAUGGACGAAUACGUUGACAAGCACGUCUACUCUGGCCAAACGCUGCGCGACCGAUUCAGGUUUCGGGCGGAAGUCGCUAGCCUCGAGAGGAUAACAAUUGGCUGGCGUAUCCAUUGCACCGCUCCUUCGGGGCUCCAGAGCUUCGACACUCGCAAGGUCAUUGUAGCUACGGGCUCGACCUCAGAGGCCAACCUGCCCGAUCUCCAGGGGCAGGAAACGUUCAAAGGCCCCAUCAUCCACACGGUCAACCUUGGACGGUCCAAAGUACUCGACCAGGCUGACAUUAAGUGCGUCGCAAUUGUUGGAGGAGGGAAAUCCGCGGCUGAUCAUGCUUACCAAGCCGUCAAGGCUGGCAAAGAAGUGCAUUGGAUCAUCCGCAAGUCAGGCAAAGGUCCUGGUGCCUUUACGCCAGUAGAAGUCGGGCGACCUCUCAGGAGCAUUUGGCACAACAUCUCCGAAAUAGGGUCGACACGGUUCCUUCCCAACAUGGUCUUCUUUCCGGGGUUAGCUAUCUCUUCGUGGUGGGAACGCUUCAUCUUCCAUACCAGGCUAGGUCAAUGGCUUUAUGGUAAGCUGGGAAAGUCGGUCACCCAGCGGGCCAUUGAUGCUGCACGGUACGAUGACCGUCCAGGCGCGCGACCCUCGUUUUCGAAGCUCAAGACCAAAGUGAAGGGCCUUACUCUGGAUGUUCCUCUGGGUGCAAUCUCUUAUGAAGACUUCUGGGACACUAUCGCACAUAACGUCGACGUGCACAAUGAAGACAUUGACAGACUCGACGGGUCCUUUAUUAUCUUGAAAGAUGGUGAACGUGUGAAAGCCGACGCCAUCAUCUGCGGCACUGGCUUCAAAGAGUGUGGCUUGUUCUUCACACAAGAGCAGCGAGUCGAGCUCGGUCUUCCUCAUCCUGAAGGGUGGGAGGACGCAGAAAUGGCCCAGGAAUGGCGGCAACUGAACGCCGAAGCUGAGAAGAUCGUCAGGAAACGAUAUUUCUCACUCCGCUCUCCUCCGUCCGUGCCUGAGAAUUUAGGAGAUAUCUCGCCGUCCGAUACGCCUUUCAGAUUGUACCACUGCAUUGCGCCCAUUGGCUCUGAUCGAAGUAUCGCGUUUGUCGGCUUCGGAACCUACCCAAACAUGAGCCUUGCGAGCGAAAUAUGUGCAAUCUGGGCCACAGCCUAUCUCGAUGGGCAGUUAAAGCUGCCAAGCGAGGAAGACAUGAAAAGGGAUGUUGCAUACGUGACCACCUGCUUGCGGCUGCGGUUCCCCGCUUAUGGUCGAGCGGGCAACUUUUACGCCUUCGAAUACCAUCCUCUGAUGGAUCGACUGCUAGGCGAGCUGGGGUUGACCAGUCACCGAAAGAGUUGGCUGCAGGAUACGUUCAUGGCUUUCCUGCCUCAAGACAUAUCGGGGCUGAGGGACGAAUACUUGAAAAAAUAUGGAGGUGGCAAGGUUGUGGAAGCUGAUUGAUUUUUCAUACCGUCGCGGCAUUGCCACUAUAUUCGGGUGGUACACGAGCAGGGCAUGACUUUGGCAAGGUUAGGCAAAGCCACGGAUAUCCCAGGGACAGGCUUGCAGAAUUUCUGGUUGAACGGUCAACUUCU